UGGGCCAUUGGAAGGAGGUGCUGAAUAGAAAGAAAAGAGAGGCACUUGACAGCCCAGCCCUGUGAAUGCAGAGACUGUUUCCCUUCUAGCGAGAGACAGGGAGAGUGUGUGUUGGAGGACUGGGAGGGUGGCUCCCCCUUCCUUUUUAUUCGGCCUCCCCCCUCCCCCUUCAAAUCUGCACGUCCAACCAUGAGUUGCCUGUUGAUUUCCUUUUGCCUGGGAAGGAAAGCAAACUGGAAUUAAACUGCAUGGAGAGAAGUCCUUGCUCACAGGAAGAGAAUGGGAUGGUAGUGGCGGCUACUGGCUUCGCGUAGAUACCAGAGUGUGUUCCACGACCAGAGGCGGAGAUAUAUCUCUAUAUUUUCCCCUCCCAAUAGACUCACACCGCAAAUGCUGAUCAAGCUGUGGCUUUCUUGAUUUCGGGGGAGAGCCUUUUCCGAGGAAGAGAGGGAGGAGCCUGGUAGGGGGAGGAAACUACAAAUCGGGACACUAGUUCUAUGUGCUGCAUUUCCUCCCCUCCCUUUGGCUGCUCGGAAAGGAGAAGAGAAAAAAAUACGCUUGGCUGGGAGAUGCAGUCCGCCGCCGCCGUUGCCUCAGCCAGCAAUGCAAGAUUAGAUCUCUAAAUGCAGCAAAACACUGCCUGAAAACAGACCAGCCUGCGCAGCAAGCAGACAUUUCACAGUGCGCCGACGAAGCUUCAAAAAAAUAUAUCUGUGACUCUCUGUUCGUGCUCCUCAUUCCCAUCAAUUUCAUCACGGGAGACGAGUAACAAGUAAGGAUUUCACUUUCCGAUCUGCCUGGAGACACACCUCCCCGAACCCUCCCCCACCCGAUGUGAAGAGUAUUCUGUAGGCUACCGGCUGGAGUGGAUUUGCAGCGCCCUAGCGGGAGCCAGGAAAACCUACCGAUUUUCUUUAGCUCAUUAUCAUCCCUCCCAGACUCGAUUUCCUUCUUAUCGCCGGCCUCAUCGCUCAAGUUUGAGCCUCCUGAAGUCCAGGCGGGAGAGACAAAGCCCCGGGCUCGCCCUCAGCCGCAGGGAGCCGCCGCCUUGCUCCAAGCCGCUGCAGCUCCGCUGCGCCGCUGCUUCUCCCCCAGUGCGGAUGCUGUAGAUCAACAGGUUCGGGGAACUUGAGCGGAAUAAGGAGAGACUGCCUGCUGCCGCAGCCCGGGUGUGGAAGGAAGGAAGGACCUACAGACUUGUGGCUCGCGUCGCGCGCGCGCCCUCCUCCCGGGCCCCAGGCUGGCGCGCACCCACAGGCUUGCCCCUUCAGUCCGGCUGCUUCUGCCCCCACCCCACCGGUCUGGGAUGUACCUUUCCAUCUGUUGCUGCUUCCUUCUAUGGGCCCCUGCCCUGACUCUCAAAAACCUCAACUACUCAGUGCCUGAGGAACAGGGGGCCGGCACGGUGAUCGGCAACAUCGGCAAAGAUGCUAGACUGCAGCCAGGGCUUCCGCCCGCUGAACGCGGUGGCAGCGGCGGGCGAGGCAAGUCGGGCAGUUACCGGGUGCUGGAGAACUCGGCACCGCACCUGCUAGACGUGGACGCUGAUAGUGGGCUGCUUUACACCAAACAGCGAAUCGACCGUGAGUCCUUGUGUCGCCACAAUGCCAAGUGUCAGCUGUCCCUCGAGGUGUUCGCCAACGACAAGGAAAUCUGUAUGAUUAAGGUAGAGAUCCAGGACAUCAACGACAACGCUCCUUCUUUCCCCUCAGAUCAGAUCGAAAUGGACAUCUCCGAAAACGCGGCCCCGGGAACCCGCUUUCCCCUUACCAGCGCACAUGACCCAGACGCGGGCGAGAACGGGCUCCGCACCUAUCUGCUCACGCGCGAUGACCACGGUCUCUUUGCACUGGACGUCAAGUCCCGCGGCGACGGCACCAAGUUCCCAGAGCUAGUCAUACAGAAGGCGUUGGACCGUGAACAACAGAACCACCAUACACUUGUUCUGACUGCCCUGGAUGGAGGCGAGCCUCCCCGAUCUGCUACGGUGCAGAUCAACGUGAAGGUGAUAGACUCUAACGACAACAGCCCGGUCUUCGAGGCGCCCUCCUACUUGGUAGAACUGCCCGAGAACGCCCCGCUGGGCACCGUAGUCAUCGAUCUGAACGCCACUGACGCUGAUGAGGGUCCCAAUGGUGAAGUGCUCUACUCCUUCAGCAGCUACGUGCCCGACCGCGUGCGGGAGCUCUUCUCCAUAGACCCGAAGACCGGCCUUAUUCGUGUUAAGGGCAACCUGGAUUAUGAAGAGAAUGGGAUGCUGGAGAUAGACGUACAGGCCAGAGACUUGGGACCUAACCCAAUCCCGGCCCACUGCAAGGUCACGGUCAAGCUCAUCGACCGCAAUGACAACGCGCCGUCCAUUGGUUUCGUCUCGGUGCGCCAGGGGGCGCUGAGCGAGGCCGCCCCGCCCGGCACAGUCAUCGCCCUGGUGCGGGUCACUGACCGAGACUCGGGCAAAAACGGGCAGCUGCAAUGUCGAGUCCUAGGUGGAGGAGGGACAGGCGGUGGUGGCGGCCUAGGCGGUCCCGGGGGUUCUGUUCCCUUCAAGCUUGAGGAGAACUAUGAUAACUUCUACACUGUGGUGACUGACCGCCCGCUAGACCGAGAGACACAGGAUGAGUACAAUGUGACAAUCGUGGCGAGGGACGGAGGCUCACCUCCACUCAACUCCACCAAAUCGUUCGCGGUCAAGAUUCUGGAUGAGAAUGACAACCCUCCUCGUUUCACCAAAGGGCUCUACGUGCUGCAAGUGCAUGAGAACAACAUUCCAGGAGAGUACCUGGGUUCCGUGCUCGCCCAGGAUCCCGACCUGGGCCAAAACGGCACAGUGUCCUAUUCCAUUCUGCCCUCGCACAUUGGCGACGUGUCGAUCUACACCUAUGUGUCUGUGAACCCCACCAACGGGGCCAUAUAUGCCCUGCGGUCCUUUAAUUACGAGCAGACCAAGGCUUUUGAGUUCAAGGUGCUUGCUAAGGACUCUGGAGCACCCUCGCACUUGGAGAGUAAUGCCACGGUGAGAGUGACAGUGUUAGACGUGAAUGACAACGCGCCAGUGAUCGUGCUGCCCACGCUGCAGAACGACACCGCUGAGCUUCAGGUCCCGCGCAACGCUGGCCUGGGCUACCUGGUAAGCACCGUGCGCGCCUUAGACAGCGACUUUGGCGAGAGCGGGCGCCUCACGUACGAGAUUGUGGAUGGCAAUGAUGACCACCUGUUUGAGAUUGAUCCAUCCAGCGGCGAGAUUCGCACGCUGCACCCUUUCUGGGAGGACGUGACACCUGUGGUGGAACUGGUGGUGAAGGUGACAGACCAUGGCAAGCCCACCUUGUCCGCUGUGGCCAAGCUCAUUAUCCGGUCGGUGAGCGGCUCCCUGCCAGAAGGGGUACCCCGGGUGAAUGGCGAACAACACCACUGGGACAUGUCUCUGCCGCUUAUUGUGACUCUGAGCACUAUCUCCAUCAUCCUCCUAGCGGCCAUGAUCACCAUAGCUGUCAAGUGCAAGCGCGAGAACAAGGAGAUCCGCACUUACAACUGCCGCAUCGCCGAAUACAGCCACCCUCAGCUGGGCGGGGGCAAGGGCAAGAAGAAGAAGAUCAACAAAAAUGAUAUCAUGCUGGUGCAGAGCGAGGUGGAAGAGAGGAACGCCAUGAACGUCAUGAACGUGGUGAGCAGUCCCUCCCUGGCCACUUCCCCCAUGUACUUCGACUACCAAACCCGCCUGCCCCUCAGCUCGCCCCGGUCAGAGGUGAUGUAUCUCAAACCAGCCUCCAACAACCUAACUGUCCCUCAGGGGCACGCAGGCUGCCACACCAGCUUCACAGGACAAGGGACUAACGCGAGCGAGACCCCUGCCACUCGGAUGUCCAUAAUUCAGACAGACAAUUUUCCCGCAGAGCCCAAUUACAUGGGCAGCAGGCAGCAGUUUGUUCAAAGUAGCUCCACGUUUAAGGACCCAGAAAGAGCCAGCCUGAGAGACAGUGGGCACGGGGACAGUGAUCAGGCUGACAGUGACCAAGACACUAACAAAGGCUCCUGCUGUGACAUGUCUGUUAGGGAGGCACUCAAGAUGAAAACUACUUCAACUAAAAGCCAACCACUUGAACAAGAACCAGAAGAGUGUGUUAAUUGCACAGAUGAAUGCCGAGUGCUUGGUCAUUCUGACAGGUGUUGGAUGCCACAGUUCCCUGCAGCCAAUCAGGCUGAAAACGCAGAUUACCGCACAAAUCUCUUUGUACCCACAGUUGAAGCUAAUGUUGAGACUGAGACUUACGAAACUGUGAAUCCCACUGGGAAAAAGACUUUUUGUACAUUUGGAAAAGACAAGCGAGAGCACACAAUUCUCAUUGCCAAUGUUAAACCUUAUUUAAAAGCCAAACGUGCCCUGAGCCCUCUCCUCCAGGAGGUCCCCUCAGCAUCUAGCAGCCCUACCAAGGCAUGCAUCGAGCCUUGCACCUCAACAAAAGGCUCCCUCGAUGGUUGUGAAGCAAAACCAGGAGCCCUGGCCGAAGCAAGCAGUCAGUACUUGCCCACUGACAGUCAGUAUCUGUCGCCCAGUAAGCAACCAAGAGACCCUCCCUUCAUGGCUUCCGAUCAGAUGGCAAGGGUCUUCGCUGAUGUGCAUUCCAGAGCCAGCCGGGAUUCCAGCGAGAUGGGUGCUGUUCUUGAGCAGCUUGAUCACCCCAACAGGGAUCUGGGCCGAGAGUCUGUGGAUGCAGAGGAAGUUGUGAGAGAAAUUGAUAAGCUUUUGCAGGACUGCCGGGGGAAUGACCCUGUGGCUGUGAGAAAGUGAGAGCGAAAGAGAGCGAGAGAGAGAAACGCAUUGGCAUUUUCUUGUCUCUUCUGUUGAUUUAAGAAUGAUCGCUCCUGGGGACAGCCCAUCUUACAGGGAUGAAGAAAGACCAAUGCUGCUCUAAGGCUUUUAGUGAACAUCUGAAGUGCCCACAAGUAUGUUCUUUUCACUGCUGUUUCUUUUUCAGAGAUAACAAUGGUUUUGUUUUGACCAAACUUCUAUUAGGACAGAAUUAAUGAUGCUUAAAGAGAAAAGAAAAAGAGAGAGGAGAGAGAGAGAUGAAAAUGGAGAGAAGAAAAAAAGGAGGAGGAGGAGGCGUUGUUACCUUUUGACAAUCUGUUAGGAAGGUAUGCAGUGUGGGAAGUGAAGUAUUUCUGAUCACUCUAAAGACUGUCCUCCGUGAUUUAUGCUGACUUAACUGUUUACCUAUAAACCCCAUACAAAGCAGGGUCAUCAUUUGUGAUCUGUGGUGGAUUUCUAGCAGUCAUCACAGGCUUCUACUGAAAGUCCCGAAAAGACCUUGCAGUAGUCCAAGCUACACCAAACAUAAUACAUAUUUGUGGUAAACAUUUCUGUAUAAAGUUACCUGCCACACAUAUAAACACAAAGAACAUUCCACUUCAUUAGUCAAAAACAAAAACAAAAAAACAAGAAAAAAAAAAAAACUUGGGUCAUUUGUAAGACACCUCAUGUCGUAUAAAAAGUUAAAUGUAAAAAGAUAUAGUCCAUUUUGUCCUGCACACACGUAGACUAAUUCACUUCAUUAAAGGAGAAAAAAAUAUAAAGAUUCAAAAUGCCUAUUUAGCAUUUUAGUGUCCAACAAAAAUAUUUUAAAAAAAUGAUUAAUUCGUUUGAAAUUUGGCACAGAGAAAAGUUCUGAAAAUUAGUCAACUUUGAGUGGUAAUAUUCAGAGCAUAUUAACAUGAAUAAUAUGACUUAUUCAUUUGUGGACACUAAAAUAGCUCAGAAAAGUGAAAAUGUCUUAGACAUACACAAAUCACAUGACCAUUUAAAUGUGCAAAUGUAAGAAGAUUCAAUGUGUUUACAUCAAAUGACAUAUUUUUAUUGAUUUAUUGCAGAUUCCGUGCAUAUGAGCCAAAUUGUUGAGUGUAUAAGAGCUAUAUUGUGUAUUUUAUUAAAUUAAUAUAUAGUUGUGUUGCAAAAUAUUUGGGCUUAUAUUGUAAAUGGCAAGUGUUGCCUCGGUAGCUGUCGAACUCUAUGAGUUUUGUUUUUUCCUGCUUCCUUUUCCCCAUGGAGUGUGGGAAGCAGUGCCUCAGAGCAGAGUCUCUUGUUUAAUGUAUAGUCUACCAAGUACUACAGUACAUAAUCUGUUCAAAAUGUGUUUGAGUGAGCUGAUGGAGCUAACUGAAAGGUCAGAAAUUACAUCCGUCAGUCAUGGUUCUGUGCAAGUCCUUGUAGAAGCUUUUAUUAAAGUCAUGCUAAAUCACAAGAAUUACAUUUGUACCAAUACCUGAAACUUCUUCAUGUUGUUUUCAUAUCUUAAAGCUUCUGCCUAUGUAGAUACCAUAACAUUGGUUGGUUCUCAAAAGUAUCUUAAGUGGUUCAGAUGUAUGUUUCCAUUAUAUUUCCAAAACAUGAAAAAUGCUUUAAUGCAUGUGUGGUACCAGCACUGGUUACUUGCAUUGUGUAGUGUUUUUCAAGAGGUCUGGGUUGUAACAAAAUCUUUUUUCCUUUGUCUCAGUGCUCCUCUGCUUCUUUUUAUUGGUGUCCUUCAAGAACAAUACACCUUCUAUUCCAUCCUUGGGUUGCACCUUUUCUUGUGACAUUUAGCAAGUUUCAAACUUACUUCCAUGUGAGGCUAAGAAACCUCUAAUUUCAGGAAUUGGGAAAAAUAAAAUUAGCACUUGCAGAAGUAGUAGCAGAUGGGAAAAUGCCUUGAUUGACAUUUUCCUUCAGCAUUUAAAUUUUUUGGCAUUUUACAACUUCAUGGCAAACAAUUUAGAGCCCAUACCUUAGAAAAUGUGGUGCUGAGUUAAAUAAAGGCUGUUUGUGCACUGGAGCAGAAAAAUGCAUUAUUUGCAAACUGGUGGAGAAUUCUGUGCCUUCUUUUCUGGCCACCAAGCCAGUGUAGAAACAGCAUAAAUGUCAUAAAACCCUAUAUUUAAAAAAAAAAAAGCAAAAGCAAAAACAAACAUUGAACUAAAUUAAGUUUUUGUAAUCUUAAACCUUAAAAAGUUCUACUGAAAAUAUUUCCAUCAAAUGACGUCAAGAUUUUAGACUGUACCUCAUUUGCAAAAUUGCUUUGGGAGAGAAGAGUGGACAACUCCCAUCAGCCUUAUUCUCUUGAGAACUAUAUUUGGUUCCUAGUAACAGCCUUUCCAAAGCUCUACUCUUGGUUUUUAUUAUUCGUAAAUGUUUAAAAAAGAAAAGAAGGGAUCUUGUACCUGUGAAACCUAAUCAACUCUCUAUAUUUUGGACAAUUUAUGUAUCUGAAAUGUGUUGUCUCUGUUAUAUGAUGUUAAUUUUGCCAGGAGACUACAGGUUGAUUUAGCUUGAUAGCUAAAGUUUGAUGGAAAACUGAUUUCCAUUUAGUCUUACCAAGUGUUGCCUCUCUCUUACUAGACAGAUAACCACUUAGUAAAAUCUAAAGCAGUAUGUAAAUGAAAUCAACAAAGAGAGUAGGAUUUAUUUUUAAAACAUUCUUAACGCUAAGUAGCAAGUUGUUCAGUUUAUUCUGUGUGUCUGAAGACAUUAGGACACCAUAUGAUCAUAAGAAUUGGUUGUGCCAAUGUGUGAGGGAUUUACCUUUAGGCUCUCUGUCACCAGUGAUUUACUAGUGUUAGCUCUUUAACACAUUAUCUGUAUUUAGUAGUGAUUAUUUAUUUACAAGUUGGUGGUAAUUCAGCAGUCAGGACUCUGAGCUUUUGUAGUUGAUGAUUCUUGCUUUUGUUCAUUUCCCUGGCAACUGCCUUUAACACAGACCUCUGGUGCUUGGCUUCCAAGGAAGCCUCUGAGAUGCCAAAUCACACCUAUGGGGAGCAAUUGCUCUAAUAGUGAUGCAUAAUCACUGAGAAUUGAAGGGGUUUCGGUGGAAUUUAAAAUGUAUAAAAAAAAAGUCUUCUUUACAUCUUUCAGAUACUAACCCCUCAAAAAAAAAAAAAAAAAAAAAAAAAAAAAGAACCCACACUUUAAAAUGAACUAUUUGAUACUACUCUGUCAUUUAGGUUCUUAAAUAUCUGAAGUCAAGCACAGAAAAAAAAGAAUUCGUUCAUGGGAAUUUAGUAAGAAUCCCAAUUUCUAAAACUUGCUUACUGAUGAACUAAAAAAUAAAAAUCAAUAACAAAACGAACUUUUCAUCAGAUGUUAAUGUGAAAGAAAUCUUCAUCAUAGUUAAAAAUAGUAAGAAUCAGUUAGUUAUAUCUAUACCAAAGUAAACAUUUAAGAGACAUACCAUGCAAUUUCAAAGAAUGCUUCAUAUUGUUUCUCAACCUGAUAGACUUAUCUGUUUUGCAGGCAACAUGCAAGAAUUGGCCCCUGAUUCCAUAAGCUAAUUGAAUUCCUGGUUGGGAGAUUGACUUGUUUUAUUUUUCCAAAUUAACUGAAAUCUUGUAAAACAUGACUUCCUUUAAAGGAUCUAGACACAGUUCAAUUUAAAAUAAAAUGGCACCAUUAAAAAAAAAUAGUCAUGUAGUAAUAGAGCAGUAUGCUUUAUUAGAACCAGGUUAAAGCUGUUUGUUGUCUAAUGGAGGAGAAGUUGCUGAGGUCAACAAAUAGACUGAGGUCUGGCAUAAUAUAUGCCCACUCAUUAUGGUCUAAUUAUAUUCUUUUGACAACAGACAGCAUUUAUCAGAGCAUUAAUUCAAAUGAGAGUUUUGGCUAUCAAGAUGUGUUGAUUCGAAACAUAAUUGAAUGAGACCUGAUUAAAGUCUGACUUUCCUGGCCCCAGUGUUUUGCAGGUUAGCUACUCCCAUUUAUCAGCCCCAUUACUCCAUAAGGUUCUUAGCUGCACCAAGUGAUUGGUGAACAAGGACAACAACAACAAAAGCAGCAUACAUUGUAUGGAUUUAUCUCAACGCUAUUGUUUAAUGGCUGUGUUUAAUGUGACCUAUCUGGAAAAUGAGGACUCCGAAUAAAAAGCUAUUACUAAUA